AUGGAGGCCACAUCUGUGCUUUUGUCGACAGAUGUCCUGCUCCGCAUCACUUCGUUCCAAGUUGGAGUCUACCACGACAUGGUCCCGUUGCUCCACGCUACGCGAAAGUGCCACGACGACGACGAUCACCUCCCGUCGUUCCACGUCACGUUUGCAAAAUGGCUCGAGCUCCAUACAGUGGAAAGGGUCCCUCUCUUACUCGCCACCGUUCCCCUCAUGCAGUCGCUGGUUGCAGUCUUCGCCGCAACGGCUGGCCACAUCGCACUGUUGCAGGCCACGAUGUCGUUGCGGAGCAAGUGUCGUAGCCACGAAAACUCGACCAGCCACUUGGUGAAUGUGGCCGCGCAGGCGGGGCAAGUGAAUGUAAUCGCGUUCUUGUUGAGUGGUCGAGGUGAUACUGCAGUUAGCCACGAGGCCAUGGUGGGGGCAGCCACCAACGGACAUUUGAACGUUGUGCAAUAUUUACACCAGCUCCGCCCCCGAGACGACUACACCACACACGUAUUGGACGUGGCGGCUAGCCAAGGCCAUUUAGACAUCGUUACAUUCUUACAUCACCAUCGACGUGAAGGGUGCACAACGGCAGCGAUGGACGGCGCGGCGGGAAAUGGACAUCUCAGUGUGGUGAAAUUUCUACACGCCCAUCGGUCCGAAGGAUGCACGAAGAGUGCGAUUUCAUUGGCAGCCGCCCACGGCCACUUGGAUGUGAUCGUGUGGCUGUGCAGGCAUCGAAAGGAGGGGUGGCACCCGGAGGCCCUGACACACGCCGCCGCCGGUGGACACGUCGACGUGUUGGCUUUCCUCCUUCGUCGUCGUCCCCGCGCCGGCUGCCUCAUGCUGGGUAUGGACCUCGCGGCAACAAAUGGACAUUUGAAUGUGGUGACGUUUCUACACACCCACCGCAAGGACGGGUGCACCGAGAAGGCGGUCGCGGGUGCCGUCCGGAACGGCCACGCCGACGUGGCCGCGUACUUUGAGCAACAUGGCGACGACCUCGUGCAUGGCGUGUGCUGUGCGUGCGGGUUCAACAAGCCCCGGCGGCACGCGUCGCCGUUUCAAGACGGUGUUGUGGAAGCGUUCGUUCCGUGGGCCACGUAUGGCGCCGUCCCCCAUCCAGUCACAGCCAACGACAUUUCAGCGAUGCAACGCCUAGUCUCGCCAUGGUUAGCAAUACACGGAGAAGCGGCCCUCCCGCGACUGUUCAAGGCGGUGCCUGCCGCAAGUCGCAUCGUUCAGGUGUUUGCAAUCUCGACCCCGAGCAGCUUCCACCUGUUGCGCUUGUCUUUGAACAUUGACUACCAGAGUUUAAUGAUCAUUGCCGCGACCAGUGGCCAAGUGGAUUCGAUUCGGCAGUUGCAAGCCUCAUAUCAUGAUCGAGUGGCAAUCCACGAGUCGGCGGCCCUCGUAGCGGCGGCAGCCAAUGGACAUUUACAAACUGUGAAGUAUUUGCACGCGUAUUGUCCCAACCUGCUUGGAGCCGACGCCAUGGUCAACGCUGCUGCCGGAGGGCAUUUGGAGAUUGUGAAGUUCUUGCACACGCAUCGGGGCGACGACGACUGGUCCACCGACGUCGUGGACGCAGCGGCCGCGAAUGGCCAUGUGGAGGUCGUACAGUUUCUCCAUACGAGUCCAACCCAAGGUUGCACGAUCUCUGGCCUCCAAAUGGCCACGAUCCGUGGCCAUUUGGACAUCGUGCGCUGGAUUCACGUGCAUCGAAACGACCUGUGGCGGGCCAGCGACGUUAUGGAAAAGGCGGCCCAGGGUGGCCAUCUGGCAAUUCUGCAGUACGUUUUGGACACGUCGCCAAAUGUCAGUUGUACGACCUACGCCAUGGACUUGGCCGCAACGCAUGGUCAUUUGGAGAUCGUCCAAUUCCUUCACGCGCAUCGUACAGACGGCUGCACUGACGUUGCCAUGCAAGGCGCUACAUCCAAUGGCCACGACCAUGUCGUUGCCUACCUCGUCGUCCACGGGCAUGAACUCAUCCACAGCCUUUGCGGCGUGUGCGGGUUCUACAAGCUUCGAAGCCAUUAUUGUGCCGUGUAUGAGCGAGCAAUUGCACGAAAGCCACAACGGAUGAGGGCAUGUACGGAGCAACUAUAG